GCCAAGUGCGUAGGAUAACUCCUACCACCCCCUACAGCAACAGAAUGGAAUAAUCUGCUAAGUCUACAAGAAGAAGCAACAACGGUGAGUGUGCUUCAGAUACAAGGAAGCUAUUGAUUAUAAAAGACUAGGACCAUGUAUGUUACUGUACCAAAGUGAAGACUAACAUGGCACGAAAUGAUCCACUCACACAUCUUCAGUCGGACACGAAAGACAUUGAGAAACAGAAUCUGUCCAGUGCUACCAGUUCCUUGCUUCUCAAUGAAACGGAAUUGGCUCUUACUUAUGUCUCGGUUACUCUUAUAGGAAUUAUCAUCAUUACAGGCACCACAGGAAACAUACUGGUUAUUCUGGCUGUGAGAACCUCCAAGAAAUUACAGACUCCUUCCAAUAUUUUUAUUGUCAACCUCAGUGUAGUGAACCUGCUGUUUGACUUGGGUGUGUUACCAUUCCAUGCUUACACCAAUAUUCACAAAGCAGCUGGAAUAAGCCCAUUACUAUGCAGACUUGUGGCACUUGUAGACUAUGCAUUAACAGGUACAACCAUUAUGACAAUCAUUUUAAUUGCUUAUAACCGUUACAAACUUGUGGGAAACUACCACAGAUAUAUCGACCAUUUCAACCAAAUCAACAUUGCAGCAAUGUUAAGUGUUGCAUGGUUGUUGCCAUUGCUGUGUCUGCUGCCGCCAUUAUUAGAAGUUUGGGGAAAAUUUGGUUACGUGGAGAGACUAGCAACGUGCAAUCUAUUUGAGGACAAACAGUAUUUCAAAGACAUUUUAUUGUUGCUACGCACUCUUGUGCCAAGCAUAAUAAUCAUCUACUUUUACAUAGGGAUCUACCAAGCAUCUAAGGCCAGCCACCUAAGAAUGCCUUCUUUAAAGGAUUCCAUUAAUUCACAGCAGCGAGAACGAAAUGAGAAACGAAUGACCAAGAUGAUGUUAACGAUUAUCUCCCUUUUCAUUUUAUUUUACUUCCCGUGUACAAUCACUGCUAUAAUAGAUCUCUAUUAUAUUCUUUCAAAGCCUCACCACCUAUUCUGUAGGUUGUGUAUUUAUUUUGGAAGUGCUGUAAACCCUGUCAUCUAUGGCUUGAUGAAUUCACAAUUCAGUCAUGCAUACAAAAAACUCAUCAGCUGCAGACUUAAAAAAAUAAACCCUAACAUUCCACCCAUCACUGUAAUCCACUUAAGUACCCUCAUAACAAAACCCUCCACACAACUACGAGUCACUUUCCUGUCCACUCUGCCCAAAAACACAGACACAAACCUACCAAAUAACGAAUUACAUCAAACAUUAUGCUAAAACAACCAAAUUAGGUGAACAAACUUGAGUCAAAAUAUCAGCAGAUGUACAUUAUUUUAAUAAAUUAAUCUAAUUAAA